AUGUCGGUAUUCCCUGGUCUCUGUGGCGAUGUUGCGAGAACGAAUUACCGCAUCUUCUUGGGCACACUGCCAAAUCUCGCCGUUGAGGAGCGCUUUUUGCGUCAGGUUCAGCCGGUAUUUCCGUGGUACGCGUCGCGUAAGCACGUGAAGGAACAGGCGAGCGAGUUUCUUGAGAUCGACCUCGCUUCCUGUGACCCAGAGUUGCUGCUGCGCUACACCCAUGUCUACUACGCUAGACGGCAGCUGCACGACGAGCUGAUUAGUCGGCAGCUGACGCUGCUUGAGACAGGGAAGGCCGCCAAAGUGGCCGACAGUGCUCUUUUCACGUGCCUCGCAGAGAUGAAUACGGUCAUCACACCUCGUCUGCAAUAUGAGCUGCACCUUAUGGAGCAAGCCAAGAAGGCGUGCCGGAUACCGCAGCGUCGUGAACUAAACCCUGACGCCGCGCUCGAGGCAUAUGACUACCUUUGCAUGAUGCGUGUUGUGGAAGAGGACGCGGGCGGGGUACCGGAUGCGGAAAUGCAAGCCCGCGCGUACCUGCCACGCAAGGCGCUGGAGGCGAAGGCAAAGGAACUGGCGGCCCUGUUCUUUGGCGGCAGCACCUGUGCCAAGAAGGAUUCAGCUGGAGCACUGGAUAAGAAGGAGCAGAAGCUGCUGCAACGCAUGAUUCCGGCCGACUACAGCAGGGUAGGCGCUGUGGAGAAGCUCCGUCCCGUCGACGUCACAGCCUUGUAUCGCUUCACUGGCGAGCGGGUGUGUGGGCUGCCAGCAGACAAGCUGUUCGCGCGCGCGCUGUGGGGGCAUGUCUUCCGCAAGGUGGGGUCGCACCCCCUGUACCUACAACGUGUUUCCCUCUACUGGGCACGUCACAGCGGCCUUGACCCCCAGUCGGAUACCUCGGCGAUGCCUGCUGACCUCGCCAGAGCGGUGUGUGUUCAGCAGACGCUGUUCCCCGCCCUCAAGUAUCGCGCCCAGUUCCUGUACACCUCCCCUGACAUGUUGCGACAGAAGUGGCGUUCUGAUCACAUCGUGCCGCUGUUGCGCUUGUUCCCUCUCCUUGGAGCCCCGGCCGCCGAGGACCUCGCAGCCCAGCUGGUCGUCGAGGGUGAGUGGGCCAAGCUGGGUAUCGAGGCAGACACCAACCUGCUGCAGGACACGGUACUGCAGCAGCUGAAGGGUAUGGUGGAGCAGGUGAGUGCGUUGUACGAGAGCAACCCGGACGCGGUAUUGAAGCGUGUGGAGGAUGGCGCGAAGGUACUCUGCCCAUCUCUGUCAGAGCGAGAGUCGCUGGCCAUGCGUGGCAGAGUCGAAGAGGCAAACAGAGAGGCAGCCCCAUCAGCAGCUGCUACGAGGGCGGUGCAUGUCGCACCAGCGUGA